AUGGUGAGUAUUUCCGUGAUCAAUUUUCUUAAGAUGUGCCUAAGGGAGAUCCUACAGAUCAAUUCCCAGACCAGCAUGGUUGUGGACCUCGAUCAUGGGACAGUUUACAUCAAAGCUGAUGUUUCUGAACAAUGUGUUUUGGUGGACUGCCGGGAACUUUUUUCUUUUGGAUCCGGAAGUUGGUAUGACGGAAGUGAUGCCCGAGAUCUCAUGGAACAAGGGCAAGGAAAAUUCAUCAAGUGUGCCAUGACUCUCCAAACCUCGAUCAUUUUGGAAAGAAAGAGGUUGGCAGACCAUUUGUCUACGUUGGACUGUGUGGAAAAAGCCACCCCGCUCAAAGAUGUCUUGCUGCUUUUGGAAGAUGCCGGUGAGGUCCGUGUGGGCUUUUCCCACCACAAGGUGGAUCUGGGCUCUGAAGUUUGUCAACCUGACAAGCCGUUGGUUUUCGUAUUGGACGUGAAGCCCAGCAAAGAGGAGCAGGAGGAGCGUGCUCCCAAAAGACAAAAGAAAGAGAAGAAAUCGACUGGAGGAAAGAAGGACAAGAAGACCAAGGCACAUGUUGAAACUACCGAUCAUAAUGAAAUCUUACCAAUCUAUAAUAUGACAAUUUCUUACGGAGAACUAAAACUGGACAGUUUGAUCUGA